AAAUCGCUUUUCCACAAACCCCCUAAUUGUCAUUCAUACGAAAUCCAAAUUUCAAGUCUUCUGUGUGCUUUUCCCCCUUAUUUGCCUGUCUGCAAAAGGAAACAAGACCCAACUCCGUCUCAGACCACAGAAACAGAAAACAGAAAGACGGAAGGCAAUCCUCCAGGAUGGGACGGUGCAUAAUACUCUCAUCAUCCACACUUAAUCCAUCUCGAAUUUCUCCUAAACCCACUUCAAUCCUUCCCUUUGAACGCCUGAGGUUCUCUUUCCCAAGUAGCUUGCCCGCAAAUUCACAGCCCCUUAAAUGUGGAUUUUGUAGGACGCUGCCCUCCACCUUCAGUUGUGGAAGGGCUUUCUCCACUAAGGCUAUUUUAUCGGAGACUCCUAGUCAAAGGCAGUACUUUAAAGUCGGCGCAGAAUCUACCGGGCCCAUUCCUUCUGAUCAGCUUCUUGAUGUGAUUGAAACUGCCGCCAAGACUGGUGCUCAGGUCAUAAUGGAUGCAGUGAAUAAGCCACGAAAUAUUACCUACAAAGGACUCACUGAUCUUGUGACUGACACAGAUAAAAUGAGUGAGGAUGCCAUUCUAGAUAUGGUGAGGAAGAACUUCCAAGACCACCUAAUUCUUGGGGAGGAAGGAGGUCUCAUUGGGGAUUCAUCUUCUGAUUAUCUUUGGUGCAUUGAUCCCUUAGAUGGCACCACAAAUUUUGCUCAUUGCUACCCCAGCUUUGCUGUCUCCAUUGGCGUCCUUUACAAAGGAAAGCCAGCUGCUGCCACUGUGGUAGAGUUUGUUGGUGGUCCUAAAUGUUGGAAUACUCGGACUUUUACUGCAGCUGCCGGUAAAGGUGCAUUUUGCAAUGGUGAGAAGAUUCAUGUGAGUCAAACUGAUAAGGUCGAACGGUCGCUUUUGGUUACUGGGUUUGGAUAUGAACAUGACGAUGCAUGGGCAACCAAUUUAGAGCUAUUCAAGGAAUUCACUGACAUCAGUCGGGGUGUGAGGCGGCUCGGUGCAGCAGCAGUUGACAUGUGCCAUGUAGCCCUGGGAAUUGUAGAAGCCUACUGGGAGUAUCGUCUUAAACCAUGGGAUAUGGCUGCUGGUGUUUUGAUAGUAGAAGAAGCUGGGGGAACAGUUUCUUGCAUGGAUGGGGGCAAAUUUUGCGUGUUUGAUAGAUCUGUCGUGGUAUCCAAUGGAGUGCUCCAUGCUAAGCUUCUUGAGAGAAUUGGUCCAGCAACGGAGAAAUUGAAGGGCAAAGGGAUUGAUUUCUCAUUGUGGUAUAAGCCUGAAAAUUAUCUCACAGAACUUUGACAUCGCCUACUUUUGAUGGCUUUACAGGAGAGUGAAAAUCAGGUUAAUUUUUUUAUAACUACUGUUUCUUUGGAGAUCUCCUACUUACCUGUGUGUGAUUAGCACGUGCUUUGCCUUUUAUGCCACCUGAUCCACAAAUUUGAACUUCUUUUUGGAUAUUUCUUGGGAUACCUGUCCCAGUUAUUACUUGCUACAAAUCAAAUUUAAUAACCAUUGAAUUUGAAGAUGUCAUAAAUAUGUGUGCCAAGACUGAAACGA